AUGGGCGGUACCUCACCUUGUGCUUCUUGCAAGUUGCUGAGACGCCGUUGCUCCAAGGAAUGCAUCUUUGCUCCUUACUUUCCUUCUGAUGACCCUCGCAAGUUCGCCAUUGUGCAUAAGGUCUUUGGUGCUAGCAAUGUCAGUAAAAUGCUGCAGGAGCUUCCAGUUCAUCAAAGAGCAGAUGCUGUGAGCAGUUUGGUUUACGAGGCAAAUGCAAGAGUGAGAGAUCCAGUGUAUGGAUGUGUUGGAGCCAUAUCAUACCUUCAAAACCAGGUUUCGCAACUGCAAAUGCAGCUUGCAGUGGCUCAAGCAGAGAUUCUAUGCGUCCAGAUGCAGCAACAAGAACCAACCCUAACCACACAAGUAGACCAAGAUCACAAAUCACUCCUCCUAUCUGUUAACAAUAAUAACUAUGAAAUCCUUCCUCAGUAUCUUAACUUUCCUUCGUCCUCUUCCACAUCUUCAAAUGUGUUCCAAGACCCCCAUGAGCCUCUUAAGAGAGAGUCUUUUUGGACUUAA